UAAAGGCAUUUGAUCAUCAUUCACAAUACAUUAGAGAGACUUAGAUCGUCACCAGUGCCAUACGCUUAAAAUUAUUUAUAAAGUGUUGACUCGAAGAGUGCCGCGUAUCGCAUUUUCGUAUUCGUUGAGCAUCCAAUCAAACGCGGCCAAAUGUUACAAAAUUGUAGUCCCUUCCCUCUCUCCCCAAGUGGCUAGCCUGCUGAAAGAUGUGUUCGUGCAAGUAGCCUACUCCAUACACGCCUGUAGGCUAUCUAACUAAAACCAGAUGACCGAGCGAACACGCGAUGCUUAAAAUGAUUCAUAUUGUGUUUCAGUUGAGCAGUGCAACAGUUGUUUGCAUCGCGACCAUUUUCGGCCUGUCAAACUUCGCAUUUUGCCAGGAGACUGAAGUUAGUCCCGAGAAAAGUAUUGUGUGGGGUCCUGGGCUGGAUCCAAGAGUUGUAGUUCCAGUGCGACACUUCUACAUUCAGGCAGUAGACUCGACCGGACUGAACUUCACCACAUCUCCAGGUAAAGAUGUGUUUAAGGUGCAGAUUACAUCUGCGUCAGGGAAGGAGCAUAUCCGUAUCCACGUCCCUCUUCCCCUGGACAGAGAAGAUGGGUCCUUCCUGGUGAGGUAUCGGCUCUACACCACGCCCAGCUCCGAUCUCACAGUACAGGUCCUGCACCAGAAUAAACCGGUGGCCAAAUCACCAUACAUCCUCACAGGCCCAGUGUAUCACGAGUACUGUGACUGCCCUGAGGAGGAUGCUGGAGACUGGCAGACGGCGUUGGACUGCCCAGCCGGUGACCCUCAGGUCGAGGCCGACUUCGAGACGUUCCCUUUCAUCGACCUGGAGCGGCUGAGUCAGGAAGUUCCCCGUCGCUUCGCCCAGAGGGGCGGCCUGAUCCACUACACCAUCCUCAACAACCAGCUGCACCGCCGCACGCAGGGCAAGUACACCGACUUCAAGAUGUUCUCCGACGAAAUGCUGCUGUCGGUCAUGAGGAAGGUGCGUUUGCCAGAUGUGGAGUUUUACAUGAACGUUGGCGACUGGCCAAUGGAGAAGAGGAGCACGGGCGAGUCGCCGGGACCCGUGCCCGUUAUCUCAUGGUGCGGCUCCACGGACACCCGUGACAUCAUCUUGCCCACCUAUGACAUCACACAUUCCACACUGGAAACCAUGAGGGGUGUGACCAAUGACCUGCUCUCUAUCCAAGGACACACAGGUCCUGUGUGGUCCAAUAAGACGGAGAAGGCGUUCUUUAGAGGCCGAGACAGUCGGGAAGAGCGCCUCCACCUGGUCACCCUGUCCAAAGACAACCCUCAGCUUCUGGACGCCGGGAUCACGGCGUACUUCUUCUUCCGUCAGCAGGAGAAGGAGCUCGGCAAAGCGCCGCUGAUUGGCUUCUUCGACUUCUUCAAGUAUAAGUACCAGGUGAAUGUGGAUGGCACGGUGGCAGCAUACAGGUUCCCAUACCUGAUGCUGGGCGGCAGUCUGGUCCUGAAACAGAAGUCUCCAUAUUACGAGCACUUCUACACACACAUGGAGCCUGGGAAACAUUACAUCCCUGUGGACAGAAACCUUUCAGACCUCAUACAAAAGAUCAAGUGGGCUAAGGACCAUGAUGCUGAAGCAGAGACGAUAGCUAAAGAAGGGCAGCGAUUGGCCAGGGAGCUACUUCAGCCUCACAGACUCUAUUGCUACUACUACCUGGUCUUACAGACCUAUGCGUCUCGGCAAGUGGGUCAACCAACGGUACACCCUGACAUGGAGCUUGUGCCACAGCCAUCCGACCAUGGCAGCCUCUGCUCCUGCCAACGUGGGCCUCAGGCCAGUGGUGCCGGCUCCAGGAAAGAUGAGUUGUGAUGGACAACACAUGCGCGUUAUGAUGAAUGAAACAGAGGAGAUGUGUCGCCAUUAACUUCGCAACAAACAAGCUGCUGGAAAAGACAGCUGGAGCGACACAUUUCUGUGAACAGUACUUCAGGAGAGGUUCUAAAACAAAAGGGCAGAAUACUUCUGAUGAACAAGGGUGGGGUGGGGGAGGGAGGGCAAGCUAUAACAGAGGCAUCGCCAUUGGGGAAUAUGUCUGUAGUUAGUCCAAUGACGGUACUGAAGUUUGGCAAAAAGACUCUUGAAAAACACUACCUUGGGCUUUAGUCAUUGUAGAUUAGGACACAACACAAUCCCCAUGAGACAUCUGCUUCAUAUACGCUGGGCUCAACAAGAGAGGAGAGUCUGUAGGGACCUUACAUAAUGACAGCAAGGAAAGGUUUAUUGGUACAUAAUUACUGAAUGUAUGUUUUUUUUUAACUUCGUGAACUGUGCUGACUUUUUGGUAUUAUCCGUUAUUAUGGAAGGAGGGGACAACAAUCCAGUCCACUUAUUGUCACGUGCCAAAGAUAUGAAAAUAAGAGAUUAUUUACAUCAAAGGACCCAAUAUUAUGUAAUACAUUUCUUGUCAUUAUGUGUGCAUGAGUGCAGUGUUGAAGGAAGCCCUACACUAUUUCACCUGGGGUUAAUAGUGUUACAUCCUCCAGCUUUGUGUAUUGCCAUGUCAAUGUAAAAGCACAGUUAUAACUGUAUUACUCAACAACAGUGAACUUAAUGUGUACACAAGUUGUUUGUAUGGUGAUAAAUCAUAAUAGUGCCUAAAUGUUAUAGUGCCAAAGUGCUUUUCACUGAAAAGAACUGUUUACAUUUAUUUAAAAAUGAGCUGAAUGUCCUGUUAUUUUCCUGGAAAUUGGGGAGAUGUUAAGGUGACCGUUAUCACCAGAACCAUGUUUUAGUUGCAUCUGUGAAUUACGACAUCCCACAAUGACCACACCUCAAUCAUUUGAAGUAUAUGAUGAACUGUACACUGCACUUUGGAAUGUUCCUCUCUGCUACAUUAAUGCCAAGGGUUAAGUACAUUUGUUGAAUACACAUGUUGUUUAGAGUAACCAUAUUGACUUCACAGAUAGUUUUCUCUGUGAUGUGAAACUGUUGUCAAUUAACAGCAUGAAUAGAUGUUUGGAUGAGAAUAGAGAAUUUCAGUUUAAAAAAAACCCUGCCUAGUGGAGUGGAGGACAUAAAACAGGGAGUCCAGUGACUGAUGUAUAAUUACUCUAUUGUCCCCAUGAGGAUGUACUCAGAUUUCACAUUAUUAUGGUCAGAGCUGUAGUCUUUUUACAUGUGGCAUACUGAAAAUAAACUAUUUCAACACAU